AUGGACGCGGAUUAUCCUGUCUUUGAGAAGCCUCUCUGGAGAGAGCUCAAGCACUUCUGCAAGAGGCUGGGGGAGGCGUACCAAGAGCUGAAAGAGGACCUCACCCCUUACAAAGACGAUCGCUACUACAGCCUCUGCUUGGGGAACUCUUGGUGUUCCUCAGAAUCUCGGUACAGUAUCUGUUCCAGAUCGGCAGGUUUUCCUGAGAAUAGUGUGACGUUGGCACCCAUGCGAUUGUACACCCUCUCCAAACGCCACUUCGUCCUGGUCUUUGUUGUGUUCUUCAUUUGUUUUGGCUUGACUGUCUUCAUUGGAAUAGCAGGUCCCCAAGCGAUCCAGUCUACUUCAGAAGACCACCAAGUGAACAGUAGUAGCUUAAAGCUAAAGCCAUUUCUUCUCAAUUCAGGACCACUCAAUACAUACAAUCAGCAGUUAUGGCUGACAUGUGUUAUUCAACUGGAUCAAUCAGAUGACACUACAAUCCAGACAAGCUUUUCCAUGACUGUCAAAGUGGAUGGUGUGACUCAAGGUGCAAGCAAGACAUUUGUACAUAACAAAGUUCACAAUCGGACAAGGACCCUCAACUGUGCAGGGAAAUGUGCUGAAAUUAUUGUGGCUCACCUUGGGUAUUUGAAUUAUACUCAGUAUACUGUCAUCGUGGGAUUUGAGGACAUGAAAUCUCUGAAGAUCCACAUCAAAGAUGUGAACUUCACAUGGAGGACUUAUAAUCCAUCCUUUUCACAAGUGGAAAUUUGGUUCCGAUUUGUCUUUGUGGUAUUUACCUUCAUGGUCAUUUGCCUAUUUGCACAUUCCCUCCGGAAAUUUUCCAUGAGAGACUGGGGAAUUGAACAAAAAUGGAUGUCUAUAUUGUUGCCCCUGCUGCUUCUCUAUAAUGAUCCAUUCUUCCCCCUCUCCUUCCUGGUGAAUAGUUGGUUUCCUGGUAUGCUGGAUGACCUCUUCCAGUCUGUGUUCCUUUGUGCAUUGUUACUCUUCUGGCUUUGUGUAUAUCAUGGGAUCCGGGUGCAGGGAGAAAGAAAAUGUUUAACUUUCUAUUUUCCUAAAUUCUUUAUUGUUGGACUACUGUGGUUGGCUUCUGUAACAUUAGGAAUAUGGCAAACGGUAAAUGAAUUACAUGACCCAAUGUACCAGUAUAGAGUUGAUACAGGCAAUUUUCAGGGCAUGAAGGUUUUUUUCCUCAUAGUGGCUGGCAUGUAUAUUUUAUACCUUCUGUUCUUGAUUGUAAGGGCCUGCUCAGAGCUUCGCCAUAUGCCUUAUGUGGAUCUCAGGUUAAAAUUCUUGACUGCAUUGACUUUCGUAGUACUUGUCAUUAGCAUUGUCAUACUUUAUCUGAGGUUUGGAUCGCAAGUGUUACAGGAUAAUUUUGUAGCUGAAAUGUCAAAUCACUACCAGAACUCAGCUGAAUUCUUAUCUUUCUAUGGCCUGCUGAACUUUUAUCUGUACACCUUAGCUUUUGUGUAUUCACCAUCUAAGAAUGCACUCUAUGAGUCACAAUUGAAAGAUAAUCCUGCCUUUUCCAUGCUUAAUGACUCUGAUGAUGAUGUGAUUUAUGGGAGUGAUUAUGAAGAAAUGCCCCUGCAAAAUGGCCAGGCUAUUAGAGCCAAGUACAAAGAAGAGUCCGAUAGCGAUUGAUGGAGAUCCUGCCGUGACCAGCUUGGCUGAGGAUAGAGAAGGUCUUGGACAAUUUUCUUCAGUGCCCCA